AUGGGGAAAGUGAGGGCGCUGCGUGCUCGCGUUCACCGGGCAGCCGUGAGGCCCGACGGGGAGGCUGCACCCGGCUCUGUGCCUCGCGCUUUGGAGCCGGCCCUCCCACAAGCCUCGGCGGCCGUAGCAAGGGCUCAGGACUGGACAUUGGUUCAAAAUGACAUCUUUGCCAGGACACAGAUAGACCCCAGCGCCUUGGUGCAGAGCCUGGAGCUGGACCAGAGGAGUGUGAUAUCCCUAAAGAGAGGUACGGAGCCAAAGGCCAUUUUGCCUAAGAAGGAAAAGCUGAGGCUUCGCCGUGAGCGAUGGCUGCAGAAAAUUGAAGCCAUAAAGCUGGCGGAGCAGAAGCUCAGGGAGGAACGAAAGCGCAAGGCCAUGGUGGUGGUAGGUGACCUGCACCCCUUGAGGGAUGCCCUACCUGAACUGCAGGAACUGGAGGCCAGUCGCCAGCAGCAGCAAACCAGACGCAGGGUGACCAGCAAGCCCAGGCCAGUGGAGCUUAGCCGGAUGAACACAGCCCAGAGACAGCAGCUCCUUGACGAAGAAAGGACUCGGUUUCGGGAGCUGCUGGCCAGCCCAGCCUACAGAGCCAGUCCCCUGCUGGCCAUCGGACAGCAGCUAGCACACCAGAUGCAGCUGGAAGGUGGCGAACAGCUCUGACCAGGACAGUGUAUGCUGUGAGAGCCCAGGGACUCAUGUGGUGGAGGUGCCAGAAGCUCUUGAAUACUGUCCUGGACCUGCAUGGCCACCUCCCCAGUCUUGAGACCUAGGGAAGGGGAAGGAAGAGCUGCUGGUGAGGACAAAUAAAGUGAUUUGUGGACUGUGGCUUCCAUGGCCUGGAGCCCAUCUGUGGCUUCACUUCCCGUGAAGAGCCAGCCUCUCCUGCAUCUCUGAGGCUGAGCUGACCCUGGGAAAGCUGUCCUGGUUCCCUGCUGAGCAAGCCCGGGUCCCCAGCCAGCAGGGCAGAGUUGGGAUGGCUGCUCAUGAGGGGAUCGGCAGAGUCUUCAGCAGUGUGAAGCUGGAGGCCUGUCAAGUAGCUCUACCCCUGAGACUCAGCAUGACGUUCCCGCUCUGUCUGGGAUCCUGGUCACAGCGGGGCACCCCGGCUGGCCACCUUGCCUCUCACACCAUUUCCCUUUGGCCAGGCCACACCUUGUGGCUUUGACCUCUCUCGGCCCAAGCUCCUCACUGCCUUGUAUUGCUAUGAGCAGGGAAGCAGAUGGUCCUGCCUGAAGGCAGAGCAGGCCCAGCCUCCCAGUCUGUUAGAUGGGUGGCAAGAUGGCCUUAUGUUAGGUAUUACUGUGUUUUCAGGAUGUGAAAGGUGAGGGCAGCACCCACAAGUCUCAUAACUCAGGCUGACCCACGUUCCCCUCACAUCUGGGAGCUGCUGCUGUGAUUACUCACACACAUACACCCUCACCCCAAGGGUCUUCAGCCUUUUACAUGGGGACUCACAUGCUCAUAGCUCCCCAGCCCCCAUGAAUGGGGACUGGCAACACUGGGGCCUCGGCCCUUUGCCUGGGCAGAACAGGAGAGGCCCCCAGUCCUGGUGUGGACACCAUUGGGCUUCUGGUGAAUGAAAGUGGAUAAGAGUAAAUAGGCCUAAGCUGGGUGUGACAAAGGCAGGCAGAUUUCUGAGCUCAAGGUCAGCCUGGUCUACAAAGCGAGUUCCAGGAUAGCCAGGACUACCCACAAAUAUUACUUCAACAAGCCAAAUUAAUUAAUUAAAAAAAAAAAGAGUGAACAGGUCUUGACACAGACUUAAGUUCCCUUUAUUAGAGGCCAUUCCAGCCAUCUACUGGUGGCCCUGGGGCUGCCUUGCUGUGGGGCAGUAGGUUCUCAUUGGGAGAAGCCAUGUGUGCCUAAACCCACCUGUGACGCAGGCACUGUCCAACGUGGCAGGGUUUGCGGGGUUUCCAUCUGUGUGUUCUCUGUAUUGAGGUUUCUCUGAUGUGCCUUCAAGGGACUCUAGUCUGGCCUGGCUACCACCUCUUCAUGAUGCCUCUGCAUCAUGAAAGGUAACACAAGGCCACCCUUCAGGGUCCUUCUAGGGAGAGCAUUCCACAAGGCCAGCUUCACGUUCAGGUCAGUUACAGCAUGUCAGGGCCCCCGGCAGAGGACGCUUUAGCGGACUGAGCAGAAGAGUCAAGCAGACAUCACUGGGACUGCCUCAGAAUCGAUGCAAAUAGUGGUCAGAGAUGACCACUGGCUGACCACUGGCGCUCAGCUGGCCAGAGGCUAGAACUGUGGGCAGGCAGGGGGCUACAGGCUGUGGGUGCCCUGUUUCCCUUCAGACAAAACAUGUGGACGGACACAGGAAGCAGAUCCCAAGAAAGCAGUGGAUGAAGGGAAUUUGCUGGGUUUGUGUAUGUUCUAAUCUUUAUAGAAUAAAGGUAAAUUACAUGGCAGUGCA